CCCAGCAAAGAGCGACAAGUGAAAGCGAAAGUAACCAGAGGGACAUGAGACAGCAGUACUGUUCGCGUGAGUCGAUGACAAACAGGGAAGUUAUUUUUAAACAGUCUGCAGGAAUGUCUUGAAGGUGUGAAUCUAUCAGCUGAAGGUGGAAACUGUGGAGGUGGAGAGGCAAAAUGAGUCACUCUAAAACUGAUCUACAGGUGUUCGCUCCUCCAGCAGCAAAUAAAAAGUACCAUGGCCUGUUAAACCAAGGAGCAACGUGUUACUUGAACAGUGUGCUGCAGGUGCUGUUCAUGACCGAAGACUUCAGAGAGGCUGUGGAAAGGUUCACCUGUGGCUCUGAUCUCAUUGAUCAUCAUCUUCAAGCCCUGUUUGAAGACUUGAAGAAAGGAACAACAUACACUUAUAACAUCACAAAGAAGCUGGGCAUCGACAGAGUGAAUGAACAGCGAGAUGCUGCUGAGUACUAUGAGAAGAUUUUAACUCAGACCAGUCAUGAAGCAUCAAAGAUCUUCCACGGACAGUUGACACAUGUGACCAUAUGUUCCACAUGUCGUGCAGAGAAAAACAGAGAUGGGCUGUUUUGGCAUCUUCCUCUUGAGUUGGUGGAUUCCUACAGUGAAGACUACAGUGUGGUGGAUGGGACCGAGGAGUAUUUCAGAGAUUUGAAUUUCAGUGGAGAAAACCAGAUGUACUGUGACCAGUGUGAUGCCAAAUCUGAUGCUACUGUGAAAUGUGUGAUGAAGCAUCAUCCAGAGGUUUUGACGCUGCUGCUGAAGAGGUUUCAGUUUGACUACUGCUGCAUGUCAUAUGUCAAAAACCCCCGUGUUGUGGAUGUUCCCUCCACCCUACACAUCCCAGAGAAUCAGACGUAUGAACUAUAUGCAGUUGUGGACCACUUUGGUGAUCUUAGAAGUGGACAUUACACUGCAACAAUCAAGUCCCAGGCUGAUGAGAGAUGGUACAGCUUCAGUGAUGACAGAGUCACAUUGCUUGGUUACCAGUCACACCAGGUGAAUUACCCUGGGAGAUCUUGCAGCGCUCAUCUUCUUUUCUACAGAAAAAAGAAAAUCCAUGCUGCAGAUACUUGUGCUCAAGACGACAGGGAGGUGUCCACCAAUGGAGGUUUCCCACCUGCUGCCAAUGUUAACUAUAACCAGGGUCAUGUUGCUGUUUCCACUGACAGAAAUGAACAAACAGGAAUUAAAGACCUGGUUAGUGUUGGGUCUGUAGCUGAUAACAGGCAGAGAGGACCACGCAAUCCUCAGGGGUGUAAUGAGGAAGGGAGUGACUCACGUGUUAUUCCUCUAGACGCUCAAAACAAAAAACGAAAGCAAGAUCAGGGGAAAAUGAAGGAUGAGAAGGGAAGAAAGGGAGGGCUGUUCCCUACAGAAACUCAACUUGAAGAGAGAGUAGUGGAUCAGGGCUUUGACAGUGGAAGAGAAGAUAAUGUAAGGCAGACAGAGGGUCUGGCGGGCAAGGAAGUCAGAAACAUGCAUGUGAAACAACAGGUUUGUGUGAACACACUGAGCGAUAAGGAAAAGGUGGAAAUGUAUGUAAAUAUAGAGGAUGGUGACAAACAGUCAGGAAUAAAGAAAAAACCCUCUACAAAACAUCUCAACAGGAAUGCAAAGCAUCAGGAUGCUGAAGGAUUAGACGAUGUUAGACAUAUUAAUAAAGGUGAGGGAGGUAAACAGGAAGUUGGACAAGAUUAUGGCUCUCAGGGUGUUAGUGUGGGCAAAAAAGGAAAUGAGGAGAUGGACAUAGAUGUAGAUAACAGGGAAGGACAGAUUGGACCUGACAGACUAUCAUCAAAGAGAGGAAAGCACAGGACAAGACAUGAGCCCUACUGUCAAGGGCUUCAGAACAAUGAAAGAGUUGGUGAUAGAAAACACAACAGGCCAGAAGGUGGAAGGGGAGGCAGUAGUAGGUCGUAUAGAAGUUGUGAACAGGAGAGGAGGGGUGUUAAGAGAGACAAGGAGCAAAUGAGAAGAGACGAUGAGCCUGCACCAAGUAGAAGAUCAUCAGAGAAACGACACUUUGAUCAGGAUGUAGAGAAUCAGAACAAGAGAAGAUUAGCUGAUGUUAGACAGAACAAACCAGAGCAGAACAUCAGUGCUACGCAUAAAAAUGUUGGUGUGGAAGAACAAGUCAGUGAGAAAAACAACAGAGAUUCUCAACAUAAUCAAAUCAGACAGGACUCUUCUAUUAGACGAGCAGGACUGGCAGGAAAAGGAGGACUGGCAGAGAACCAGAGAGUUGGCAGCGUUGAAAAGACAAGGCCGAGGAAUUCUCAAGCUAAAGGUAGACCUGGAGUUAUGGAAGCUAGGGUGGAAGUUAAAGAAAGCCAAAGAGGCAGUGAGAUGAAAAACACAAGAAUAACAACUGUAGAGAAAAUCUCACACGACACCAUAAAGAGUCGGGUAAAUAGUAGAAGGAGUAUUGAAAGAAAAUCUGAUUCAAAAACAGAUGAAGAGAUCACUGUAACAAAGGACAUCUGCAGUAUAAACCUUGAGUCGCCUUCGCCAGAGUUAAAGAAACGCAGACACAAAAUAUUCACUAGAAAUGCAAAGAAAAUGGGAAAAGUGUCUGAUGCAGAAACACAACCUGGGGGAAGAACACAUGACGUGGUAAAAAGAGGUGCACAUGGGAAGAGAAAAUGGUGGCGUUUACCUUUGUCACUGAUGAGAGGCAGAAAGGAAACAAAAAUGAAACAGAAGAAAACUACUGGAUGUUUCUCUAUAUUCAAUAAAAAACGGAAAAAUGCCAACAAGAAUUCAGGGUAGGAAUAAGAUGAAGACACUUUGUCCAGGGAAACACAAAUUGCAACAUUGCACUCGUUAGACAUCAGUUAGUAAUCAGGCACCGUAGAUAGCACUGUAAUACUACAUAUUUUAAUGUUUGAGUGUUUCAGUGUUGGUGGUGCUCUCUAGUUCAGUUUGGUUCAAUCUGUAUUACUUCCUGUUUGCCACAGGAUUGUUUCUGAGCAGCAAACAUAAAAGGCUUAAUGAGAGAGAGAGGGUUGUUUUAGAUAAAAGUGAUGAUUUAUUGCAUCAGUUUAUAGAAGGUAGCACAAAAAGACUAACAUGAAAAUGUCAAGGCAAAGAAAACAAGGUCACACUUAAGUGAAAUUACAUUCACUGACUGAUCAUAAUUUUUACCUUUCUCCUUUUCGCCUUUGUUUCCUUGUUUGUUUGUUUUUUUCAGAUUUACAUUUUGCAGAUUAAAGAAAUGUGCUGACCUCAUGUUUUUUUUUUGCCAGACUGUUCAAAGAUUACACAUGAAUGGAUGCCACAAAAUGUGAGGAAGUGAAUUUCAAAUGUAAAUCUUUUCUAUUAAUUCAGUACAUGUAUUAAAUAAUUUAUCAGUAAUAUUAAUGUAAUAUAUAAUAUAGUAAUAAUAUUGAUCUUUUAAAAUUAGAUGUUUUUGUAGGAUAGAUUUUUAAUUGUAGGAGAGAUUUCUCAGUUGUGUUGUGUUGGAUUUUUAAAACAGAGAAACAAGUUUUUACAAUAAAUGAAUAUGCAGUUAUAUGCAGUGUAACAUUCCUAAAAUAAAACAUGAGAGAGAAAAUC